AUGGUAAGGCCUUCCAAGAAAGACGGGAGUUUAUGUUUGGAAGAAGCAUUAUGGGCUUACCAGACAGCUUACAAAUUACCUAUUGGCAUGUCCCCUUACCGGUUGGUUUUUGGGAAAGCUUGUCAUUUACCAGUGGUGCUUAGCCACAAGGCUUAUUGGGCAGUUAAGCAGUGUAAUGUAAAUAUAGACUCUACUGAAAAGGAAAGGAAGUUGCAACUACAAGAGUUAGAGGAGCUUAGACUUGAAGCUUAUGAAAACUCCAGACUCUACAAGGAGAACACAAAGUUCGUGCAUGACUGGGGAAUCCUAUGGAAACACUUCAAAGAGGGUGACCGACUAUUAUUGUAUAAGGCCCGGUUCAUUUUCAAGCAAGAAAAAUUCAAUACUAGAUGGGACGGGCCCUAUACAGUCACAAGAGUGCACAACUUUGGCAUGGUUGAGCUUUUGCACGAGGAGACUGGAGCUAGACUAAAAGUCAAUGGCUAUCUACUGAAGCUCUACCAUGAGAAUCAAAAGCCUUCUUAA